GGGCUUCUGGAGGGGACGCUCCCUGCCUCUGUUUCCUCACCCAGCCUCUCCGCGGUAUCCCCUAAAACCCUCCCCCCUCCGCCGUCCCUUUGCUUCGACCGUACGCAGUGACGAAGGGUAGGAAGGACCUUGGGGUCUCACUAGGGCUGCCCUCCAAGAGUUUGCUGCCUGAGGACGGACGAGAGGGCGCUCGCUUUCCCCAUCCCAUCCACCCCACAGAGGUGGCCCGACUGGCGGCGCGAAGUGAUUCUGAGGCGUUCAGUCGAGGGGGGGGCAGUGCCCUGCACACCGUGCCUCAGGCAGCAGACUCGCUACAGGGGCCCGCCGCACAAUGUGUGGUGUGUAUAUACGCAACCUGGUUCUCCAGCAAGGAAGUCCACCUGCGCGACUGUGAACUGUUGCCUGAGGCGAGGACCACACGGCCCAGGUUGAAAACACUGAAGUCUCUCCUGCCUUGGGUGGAUAUCGCCUUCUCUUUAAUGAGAGCGCCAGUCCAGUUUCUCAUCCUGCUAUUGAAGACUGAAGAGAGGACAACAUGAGAGAUACCGAAAUAAAGAGACUACUGUCCGUGAAUAUUAUCUGUAUAUUUUCCAUUAUUGUUGCCACUGUCGCUCCUUCUCUGUUUUUGGAGAAUUUCUCAAUCCUGGGAACACACUUGACAUGGUUGAGCAUCUGUUCAGCAACUGUUGGGACUGUAAAUAUAAUUUUGUUUAUUAUUCUUAAACCAAAUCCAUCCACUAGGAGAAGUUCUUUCGCCCACAAGGUGGCAAAGUUUCUAAAAUGCUGCGUAUACUUCUUGAUGUCUUGUAUCCUGUUCCAUGGAAUCAUCGUCCUUUAUGGAGCACCAUUAAUAGAGUCAGUCCUGGAGACAUUCUCAUUUGCACUUCUUCUGUCCACGUUCACUACCUUGCACUGCUUGUGUUUGCUGGGACCAAAUAUUCAAGUGUGGCUCAGAGUGUUUAGCAAAAAUGGGGCUAUGUCCAUCUGGGAUAACAGCUUGCAGAUUACAACUAUGUGCAGUGUGGUGGGUGCAUGGUUUGGAGCAUUUCCUAUUCCUCUGGACUGGGAUCGACCGUGGCAGGUGUGGCCCAUAUCCUGUUCACUUGGAGCCACCUUUGGUUACGUGUCUGGCCUUCUCAUUGCACCUUUGUGGAUAUACUGGAACAGGAAGCAGCUUACAUACAAAAGCAGAUAACUGGCACUAAGAGAGAAAGUGUGUAGUUGUGCUGAUUCUUUAAAGACUGUGCAGAGACAGUGGUCAAAGCAGAAGGCUAUCCAAACAGCUUCAAAGCAUUGUUGGGCCAGCAUUCCUCUUCUGGAAGCCCAGUGUGCAUGCUACAGCCACAUGAUGAUACAUCUGUCACUUGCCCUAAAUUAUGUUACCCCUGAGAGAUUAUGCUUUCCUUCCAGUCUGAAUAAAGUAUUUGUAACAGAU